AUGCCAGCCAACGGUGUUAUGAGUCAACGAAAUUGGUGUUCUCUUUCAGUCUCGAUGCUUCGCAAUUCUCCUGGCAAUUCGUUCUCCCUUUCUCGCUCUCUUUCUUUAUUUCUCUGCCUGCGUCCCUUCGGCCAGACUGGCCGACCGGAUUUCCUAUCACCGGGCGAGUCUAGGCUGCCAAGCCGGGGGUGGAAAUGGGGUUGGAGUGAAGGGUGGGGCUUGGGGAAGACGGGGUCGGUUGUGCCCGAGGUGGCAGAGCCCACGAUAAAUUAG